AUGCCUGGCUCAGCUGAGGUUCUGGUGUCUGAGCCCCAGGUGACUGAGGUGGUUUGCAAGGACCAUCUGGGGAAGAAGGUCCAUGUGAAGUGCAACAUGGAUGACAUCGGGGAUCUGAAGAAGCUGAUUUCGGCCCAAAGAGACACCCGAUGGCAUAAGAUCAUCCUGAAGAAGUGGUUCACCAUCAUCAAGGACCAUGUGUCCCUGGGGGACUAUGAAAUCUAUGGUGGCAUGAACCCAGAACUCUACUAUCAGUAG